CAGCCUGGUGUGCCUCUGCCUGCCGUGCCUUAGCCAUCUGUGGCUUAGCGAGAUGCGUAGCAAGCACCGUCCGCCAUAGAGGGAGACUCAUGGCGGACGGCGCCCUUCAGCAGGUAUUACACCACCAAGGGUGUACGUCAACAUUCUUGGUAGAGUUAACUCCCCUGGCGAUACCAUCAACGGUAGUGUUCGGCCUGUCCGAAAGGCCUCUGCGAGUCGUUCACCCCGCCGUGAUUCUCCCCUCACGGCUUCUAACGACGAUGCAGACGAUGGGGGCAGCGACGCGGACGGCUCGGCGUGCAACGCCGCUGACGACGAAGACGAAUGGUGGGCAAGGCCCAUCGGAUCCGACGAUGAAGUAGAAGAAUGGCACGCGGGCAUCGAUGCUGGCGGAGGGGAUGGUGCCGCUACAGGCGACGAGAACGCCUGCGGGGUGGGCGACGAUGCGGCCGACGAGAACGCAUGCGGGGUGGGCGAUGAUGCGGCCGACAAGAACGCGUACUGGGAGGGUGACGAUGCGGGCGAGUAUCCGAGCGGUGAGGAAGGCAACGAUGUGGACUACGACGAGGCUGACGAUGCUGCUGACGACACGAGCGACGAAUCAGGUGACGCUGCUGACGACGACGAUGACUUCGAUGCAGUAGCGGCGUCGGCGGGGCGAUGUCGUAGCGGGGCAAAGCUGCGGAGCUCGAAGCGGAUGGCUGACAAGAUGGAACGCGUCGAGUGCGAUGCCACUAACGACAACUCGACCGAUGAGGCGGGCGGCAUGUCGGACGAGGACAUGUCGAUCCAGAAACGCCGUGUUCUCUUCGAGGUGCAAGGUCGCAAGCGCCAGCUGGACGGUGCUAACAACGACGAACACGGAGGAACAAAGCGAAAGAAACCGACCAAACAGUCCCCAGCAAAGCGUGGACGGCUAUCGAGGGAGGAGAAAGGGAAAGCAAAAUCCCGGGAAGAGCACGGCAUUGGCAAACGCAAGCGAGCCACCGGCAACGACACGCAAAAGUCCGCCAAGCGGAACACCAGCCAUCCGGAAGGCGAUAUGGCCGAGGAGAACUCCGACGACGCCUACGCGGAAGCGGCUGGCCCCAUCCCCGUGUUCUCCGAAGGCAAGAAGCCCAGUGAUCCAAGGACCAAGAACCCCGAUGCGCAACCACCCUCGCCGCGUAGUAAAGCCAACAAGAAGCAGCGACGCAGCUUCAUGGUCGGCGAGAAAGCGCGGUGGGCGCUGCGGUAUCACGAGCUGGGGUCACUCAUGCGGACGGCACAAGAAGCGGGUGUCGGACAGUGCUCCAUCCGCCGCUGGGUGGAGGCAGAUAUGACGGGAAAGUACAAGGGGGCUGCGAAGUGUAGGAAGAGGCUGCAUGGUUCUGGCCGACACGCGCAUCACCCCGAGAUGGAGGAGGCGCUCGCCAAGUAUGUCUGCGAGCAACGGAGUCGGGGCCUGGCGGUCAGCGUCAAUGACAUUCGGGAAUGGAGCCGAAAGUACAUGCGCAGACGCGACCCACGUACCAGGUGGCAAGGGUCGAACCGAUGGAGCCAACAGUUUCGCAAGCGGUGGGGAUUCACACUACGCUGCCGAACGAAGGUUGGGCAGAAGCUCUCUCCAGAAUGCGCCGCGGACUGUGAAGGGUUUUGGAAGUUUGUUCGCAUCAACCAUGCCUGUCAUCAGAUGGACUUACGCCGCAUCAUCAAUGCCGAUCAAACUCCUCUUUUCGUGGAGAUGCCAGCUGGCCGGACGUUGGAGCAGAAGGGGUCCCGUUCGGUGCCGGUGAAGACCGCUGGAUACGAGAAGCAACGCUUGACCGUGAUGCUAGCAUGCACGGCCAGCGGCGACAAGCUCCGGCCGUGGGUAUGGUUCAAGCGCAAGACCAUACCCAAAUGUGAAUGUCCCUCGGGGGUCGAAGUGCAAGCGCAGGAGAACGGCUGGAUGGAUGAGGCAGCCGUCAAGAAGUGGCUGGAGAAAGAGGUUCUCCCCUUUCUCAACCCGAAGCGUGGGGUGCCAGCACGACGUGCCAUGCUUGUGCUAGACUCGUACCGUGGCCAUCUCACCGAUGGGAUGAAGCACGCGUACAGGACGCAUUGCAUCAUCCCUGCCAUCAUUCCGGCUGGGUGCACUCCGCUGAUUCAACCCCUUGAUGUUUCCAUCAACAGGUGUUUUAAAGCGGGGGUGAGGGCAUGCUAUGCAAAGUGGUUUGCAAAGCACGGCAUCAACCUACGCACGGCCAAAGGAAACCUGCGCCGCCCGCCCCACCCCGUGGUACUGAAGUGGAUUGACCAAGCAUGGCGCGAUGUGCCGCGUGACAUCAUCGUGCGAGCAUUCAAGACCUGCGGCAUUUCAAGCUCCAUGGAUGGUACAGACAACUACUUGGUGCUCCAGCACAUGCGUGGGGAGCCAGCUCUCAACGUCUCUGAAGACAUGUCCCUGCAAGGGACGAGUGGUGACAAUGCAGGUUUCGUGGAAGAGCAGGAGGCAGAGGAGGGGGAGGCGGGAGAGGAGGGAGAGGAGGGAGAGGAGGGAGAGGAGGAGGAGGAGGGGGGUGAAGCGCCAGAGCCAGGAGAGGAGGAUCCGUACCCAGAGACUAAGAAGUGCCGUGGCGCAGCAGCAGAAGCCGAGAAGCUGACAGAGCAUGAGAGCACUGCGAGGCAUGCCUGGGGGGUGCUAGAUUACAUCAAGCACCCCCCAGGAGGACCAGUAGAUGAGGAGGAGGGGGGCUGUGAUUUUAGUACUAUGGAGACCCAUGAGGAUUUCUAAGAGACUACUCUUGUCCUAUCUGCAUUGAUGACUGAAUGCAUAGAAUUUUGCCA